AGUGCUGGAUGAAUAGAGGAAGAAUAACCGUACAUUUGGGAAUAUGUGGGCAGAGCAUGGCGACAUCUUAAAGAAGACAAAGACUUUUUAAUGAGGAGCACUCCGUUUGCUUCUUCUGAAUCAGGACGAGUGGGCUUAUUAAGGAGAAAACCUCUACAAAUCAAAUGGGGUACCAGAAUGGAUGAAUGUCUGUGGGCUGAACCCCACUUUUAUUAUCGGUGCGGCUCAACAUUUAUUUGAAAAUAAGCGCAACCGAGCCUUUUAGCAGUUUCCUGACACAUGCAUGUUACAAAAUAAGGUAUAUGUAAACAAAAGGCGGCAAAAAGUCACAUUUGAUGCAUUGAAUUCCUUCGGAGAGAUGUCAUCGUUGAGCUCGUGAGCAGUGUUUGUGACUCUUCGGCUGUAAAUAUGGGAGAUCUGACCGAUUCCAGAGAUCCGAAAAAGACCUUUAUUGUUCCUGCCAUCAAGUCGUUCGAUCAUUAUGAUUUAAACAGAGCUAAAAUCAGAGCCAGUCUCACAUGGCUGGUCGCCAAAGCCUUUGGUGCAGACAAUGUUCCAGAAGAGCUAAAUGAGCCCUUCUACAAGGACCAGUAUGACCAAGAGCACCUGAAGCCUCCAGUGGCCAGUCUGCUGCUGUCAGCUGAGCUGUAUUGUCGUGGAGGAAGUUUGAUCCUGAAGAGUGACGCUGCCAAACCUCUGCUGGGUCAUGAUGCUGUCAUCCAGGCUCUGGCUCAAAAGGGCCUGUACGUUACUGACCAGGAGAGACUGGUCACAGAGAGAGACCUGCAAAAAAAGCCCAUUCAGAUGAGCGCCCACCUAGCCAUGAUUGACACGCUGAUGAUGGCGUACACGGUGGAGACUGUGAGUGUGGAGAAAGUGAUGGCCUGCAUGCAACAAUACUCCACCGACGACCCAGAUGGAGAUGUCCCCUAUGACACGGAGGAUGCUGUCACCAGCUGGAUGAAUAAGGUGAACGAAUACUUGAAGGAAAUUAUAAUGCAGGAGCAAAGGAGGAGUGAGGACCAAAGUGCAGAGCCUGUUGAGAAUCCAAAGUCUCCAACCAAGUGGUAUAUGAAGCUGGUUCCUGCACGAUAUAGAAAGGAGCAGGUUCUGCCCAGGAUGAUGCCCUGGAUCCCCCCGGUGGACAACCUGCUGAAGGACAGCACAGAUGGCUGUGCCCUCACCGCCCUACUUCACUUCUUCUGCCCCUCUAUCAUCAGCCUGGGGGACAUUUGCUUGAAGGAUACCAUGUCACUGGCAGACAGUUUGUACAACCUGCAGCUCGUCCAGGACUUUUGCAAGGAGCACUUGAACCGUUGCUGCCACUUCAGUCUGGAGGAUAUGCUCUACGCUCAUACUUCCAUCAAAAAUAACUACCUUGUGUUAAUGGCUGAGCUCUUUUGGUGGUUUGAGGUUGUGAAGCCACCUUUUGUUCAACCUCAAGUGUUGAACACUGAAGCAACAGCACCCUCACUCAAACAUCUGCCAUCUGUGCCCAUCUCAGAAGUCACAAAGAGGAGUUUCAUUGAAAGACCUCCGAGUCCAGACAGACCAAGUCUCCCCCUCCGACCUCAACCACAGACUUCAGGCUCAGGUGAGAUCAAGCGAUCAACUUCAAUGUCAUUUGUGGAGAGCUUCAUGGGUACUUGGCCCAAAGAGAAGAGGUCUGCUACUCAAGGAGUGUCCUUUGAAAUCCCAUUUGAUAAAGAGAGCAUUAGCCAAACACCUCCAUCAAUGUGCAGAGGGAUGACCAGGUCUGCCAGCACUGAAGGCUUUGGUUUCAAGGUGGCCCAUGGGACCAGAGGCAUCAAGAGAAAUCUGUCCUUUCAGCCAAUUAAUGGCAAGAACAUGGGCAUUGAGGAGGAGGGCUGUCCUGACAAUCUGAUUGGACAUCACAAUAGCCGUCUCAUUGGCUCAGGGCCACCUAGCAUUGAAGAGGCCCUUGAGAUCAUCCACAACUCAGAGAAGCAGUCACACAGCCCCAGUGCUCAUGCAGCCAGUGAGGGCUUUUUCCUUCACCUCAAGAGUAUAGAAGAGUUGAACCCUAAAGUCAAGGACUGUGAUCUAGACUCCUUUUCAGAGUCAUCUAAAGGGGAUGCUAGCAAGUCCACCACAGAAGUCGAUACCGGAAUCCAUGUGCGGACAGAGGACAUUCAGGAGACACUGGACGAGGACUCGUCCCUUAGGGAUUGUACCAUAAGCAUGGAGCUUGACACGGAUCAAGACUAUGAGGCAAGAACAUGCCAUAGUCAGGGCUCCACUAGCCCAUGUCCCAGCAUCAGUGGUAAGUCCCCUGCUGGAAGUACCCCAACCCCUGCUCUAACACCAGGGGUUAAGAUGACCAGCUUCGCAGAACAGAAGUUUCGUAAGCUUAAUCCAAACCUGGAAGCCAAAGGUGCUAGCUCCCAGGGCACAACGUCAGAUGUUUCGGAUCUCUGCAUUCCACACUCAGUCUCCUGGGCCCCUUCGCCUGAAGUUAGCCCUGCACACCAACCAUCCAAGGAUCCCACACAAGCAAUGGCUGCUGAAAUGGUUGAGUUGCGCAUGAGACUUGAGGAGAAACGUCGUGCCAUUGAGGCCCAGAAGAAGAAAGUGGAGGCAGCCUUUACCCGGCACCGCCAGAAGAUGGGACGCAGUGCUUUCCUCACAGUGGUCAAAAGGAAAGGAGAUGGCACCUCGCCAUCUCAAGAAGACACUCCCAAUUCGGAAGAAAGCAGGAUGCCUGCAGAGACACCCCAUCCUAUAAAGUCGCCGCUAAAGUCUGCAGGUGAGGAUGGCACCUCCGAGGCAGACCUGAUGGAGUACACUCAUUCCAUUGAGAAGCUCAAUGCUUCCCUGAGCUUCUUGCAGGCUGAGAUGCAGCGUUUGGCCCAGCAACAGGAGAUAAUCAUGCAGAUGCGAGAGCAACAGGCUCGGAUAGUGUCACCGUCUCAGUCUUCGCCACAAAAACAGGGGCGAGAGCUAAGAGGGAGUGGAGCACGCUCCUCUGGGUCUCCGUCACCUGCAGAUUCUCCUCGAGCUACGCACCAUUCCCCUACAAACCUUAAGAGGAAGUCUGCUUCUUUCCAUUCCAAGACCCCAAGGAUAACCAGACCCAGCGAGCUAAAGAUCACUCCCUUCAACCGAGUCUUGACUGUUCCUCAGUCCGUGGACAGCAUACCACGCCUCCGAAGAUUCUCACCAUCUCAGUCUGUAUCAUACUCCUUUUCUUACUUGGGAAAUGAGAAGAAACCACAGUUAGGAGUGGAAACCACAGACAAUGACCUUGAACAAGGCCUUGAGUCAUUGUCUAUUGAAUGUUCUUCUGAACAAACCUCACCAACCAAUGAAACCCAACAGGAAGUUACAGAGGAAUUUUAUUUUAGUGCCAAUGACCAUGAAGUUAAAGUAGAAGAAAGCAAGAAGAAUGAACUAAAUGAGGAAAGGGAAGGACAGAAGGAGACAACAGAAGAGCUCAAGCCUGCUGUGGUAUCUAGUGUGUUGGAAGUAUUAUCACAGCCUAAAAUUGAUAUGGUCAUUGUUACACCCACCGAGAAGCCAGUUGACAUCACCCAACAGAACAACAAAAAUUUAAUUGAGGUUCCACUGUCUGUCCUCAAGCCCCUGGAUGGCCAGGCAUUAGAUGAGGAAGAAGAGAAGGCGACAUCAGGGGAAAAUCAGGAGGAUGAGCAGAACACGUGCUGUGGAUUCUUCUUUAAGGAUGAUAUGAAGGAAGAGGACCGCAUGGCCGUGAAGCGGGCAGCACUUCUGGAGAAAAGACUGAGACGUGAGCGAGAGAACCAGCAGAGGAAACAGCAGCUAGAGGCUGAACUUGAGCAAAAGAAAGAGGAAGCCAGAUUGAAAGCAGAGGAAGACCGCAUGAAGAAGGAAGAAGAGAAAGCGCGACGGGAAUUUAUCAAACAGGAGUACCUAAGGAGAAAACAGCUGAAGCUCAUGGAGGACAUGGACACUCUGGUCAAACCACGACCUGCUGGGGUCAAGCAGAGGAAACCACGUCCCAAAUCCAUCCACAGAGAUGUGAUGGAGUCACCCAAGACUCCUGUUAGGGCCACGACAGGUUCACGACCUCGUGUUUUUUCAGUGUCCAGUCUGUCUCUGGCCUCUCUUAACCUUGGAGAUAAUGACAGUGUUAACUCAGAGAAAAAAACACCCAGUAGGCCCGACUCAGCAGAUGGUUGCCUGUCCCCCACUCGCUCCAGUAGCCGUAACGGAGAGAAGGACUGGGACAAUGGUUCCACCACAUCCUCACUGACAUCAAACACUGAAUACACAGGUCCUAAAUUAUACAAGGAGCCCAGCGCAAAGUCCAAUAAGCAUAUCAUUCAGAAUGCUCUGACCCACUGCUGUUUAGCUGGCAAAGUCAAUGAGGGACAGAAAAACAAGAUCUUAGAGGAAAUGGAGAAAUCAGGGGCCAACAACUUUCUGAUCCUGUUCCGGGAUUCCGGCUGCCAGUUCCGCUCUGUUUACACGCACUGCCCAGACUCGGAGGAGAUUAACAAGUUGGCCGGCAUCGGCCCUAAAACCAUCUUGCGCAAGAUGAUCGAUGGUCUCUACAAGUACAACUCAGACCGCAAGCAGUUCAGCCAUAUCCCGGCCAAAACCAUGUCCGCGAGCGUGGAUGCCAUCACGAUCCACAGCCACCUUUGGCAGACCAAAAAGCCAGGGACACCCAAGAAAGUAGUGGCCAUAAAGUCCUAGUGAUUCCCAUUGGAUGUACACAUUCUGAAUGCACUUCUUUGUACAUAUUCUCCAUCAACACUCAUUAAUAGUUUGUUCCCGCUCAAUCAGGACACAGAAGUUUGUAAAAAAUUAUGCACAACUGGAAUGUAAAACUUUAUGGGGUGGCAAAUGGAUCUCACUUAUGUGGCACCCAAAACUGCGUGAUUCGAGUUGUUUUAUUGAACAUUUUCGUUCAUAAGUUUAACGUACCAAAAACAGAACAUAAUGAAACAUUGUCAUGGAUGUCCUGUUAUUAUAAUUGGGUACACUGAAGCACUGAAUGUUUUUAGUUUGUACAGAAAUCUCGCACAUAUGUUGACGUGUGGCCUUAUGUUGCUUUUAUGUUAUUUAAUCCUGUUUUUAUUUGUUGUUUUUUUUACGACUGUCCUGAUGUGAUUGUACUGCUGCUUAUUGAAAGGUUCUCACAUGAAUAGCUUGUGAUUGUAAUGGUUUAAUAAUACCGUAACUUUAAGGGAAUUCACUUGGCAAGCUAUGUCAUAUCUAAUAUAGGCUGCAUUAACCAGUGUGGUAAUGUGCAGUGAGUAAGUGUUUGCAGACAUAGCCCACUUUUGAUGGGUUUUAACACUCUGGAACUCUAAUGGCAUUGAUUCACAACAGGAUUGUGAAUUUAUUUGAUUUCGUGUUUUAUUAAAUGUUGGGUUUGUUUGACCGACUCAAGGAAAUGUUCUAUAUUCUGCAUUAUUAUCUAUUUAAACCAUUAUAUUUAUCUUUCAAAACAGGUCUCGGACAAGACCAGGGAUUAGAAAAACAAAACUGUUCAGUUAUUAGUUUAAGAUUGUUGGUGCGAAAAAGAAACAUCAGGCUAAUAAGUAUUUGAUUAUGCUGGACUGAAUAGUUUCAGUGACAUUUCCAUGUCAGCUUCUUGGAUGAUGGAGAUAAAUAGCAUCAUGUGCUGGUGGCCAAUUCCAUUUUUUUAUUGUUUAAAUCAUAACCAUUUUCAAAAUACUUUUGUACUGUUAUCAGGGCCGUAGCAAGGUAUUCAGGACCCUCUUAAGGGCCCCUUUCCUAUUAGAAAAUACAGUUUAGAAUUUGAUGUGGGGCCCCCCUGGACCUGUGAGCCCCUAGAAUUGGUACCGCCUUUCACCCCGCUAGAUACGGCCCUGACUGUUAUGGAUGCUUGUGGUGAUGUCGAAAGUAUUUUCCACUGUUGUCCUGGGUCACACAGAAGUAUUAUAAAGCAGUUUGCCAAAUUAUAUAUUUUAUCUGAUUGUUGGAGCAAUUCUGACUGAGUGCUAAACCCUUCGAUUGGUAAAUUAUUUUACAUAAUGAAAAAGAAAAUCCUUAAGGAACAUCACAUUUUGAGGCAUUUAAAGAAUACUGAUGUGAUGAGUCAUAAUCGGUUUGCAUUCCCCAUUAAUUGUCUUAAGGCAGAAUGUGGCUGUAUACGGGUAAUGAAAACAACUGCCUUCCUUUCGUGCUCAUUUAAAGCCCUUUAUUUCUUUAGGUUUCUAUUGUGAUUAUUAAAAUGCCCUUUUUCUGGUGCUUGCCACUCAAAACAUAAACCCACACCUGCUCUCCCAUAAAUAAUGUCUAUUGAACUGAUGUAUCAGUGGAUUGGAAUGGAAAUAUAUGCACAGUCUUGCGAUACACAUUAGCUUAUUAGGAAAAAGGCAUCUUUCAGGUUACAUCCAUAAGAACGGUUCUACCGUAAUCAGUCUCAUGUCCGAGUUAUUUUGCCAUUUCAGGUGAACAAAGGGUUUUUUAACUGUAAAUGAGCUCGAUAGAAAAUUGUCUGUGUACUCUGAUUUCUCCAGCACGUCUCUCUUAGUCUCUACUUUCUUUUUUAUUUUCUUCUCAGACGCUGUGCUGUCAUAUUGUCGAAGUAACAUGUUAGAUUUCAAUUGCAUUAAAUAAAGUUUUGCAUGGCCUCAUUCUGCAUCCUGCUGAUAAUUGCACAACACUUAAAGGUUCACAGAGUUAUUUUCUUUCCUCAUGUAAAACAUUUUACUACUAAAGAAAUUAAUAGUUAUUUUGAAAUAUAUGUACAAAAUCAUGACCACUCGUGUUAUAUGAAGAGUUCAUUCAUAUCAGUAACCUUAUAAAAGCUCUUUUAUUCUAUAUAGGGCAGGGGCGCCUCAUGGGGGCAGCCAUGUUAGAAUCACAUGACCAGCUGAAUACUACUUGCUUAAUCUAUGUAACUACCCUGUUAUUGGACACUUCAAUUCAUGGAUUAAAUUAAUCCUGGUUCACU